CUUUCGGCCGAUGUCGUCCAUUUUGGAUAGUAGAGUAAAAAAACCUUCGUUUGAGUUAAAAAGAUGAAUUGGUUUAUGUGCAUGGUUAUAACAGUGAUAAGAUAAAGAUCCAAAAUGCAUACGGUAACUGUUAUAAGUAAGUUUAGCUCGAUAUUAAUCGAGAAUAUUGCGUAUUCAAGAUGUUGGUGUUAAGCCUAGCCAUCAUCAACUUGAAGGAAAGGGGAAAUUUUGACGACGAAAGAUGACGAUUCUGAUGUGAGUUUAGAUAUUUGUGAAGUUAAUAAAAGGUAAUGAUUCAGAAUGGCACAGAGCCUGAUCGCCCAGAAAGGUUUGCAUGGUACUACCAUGAAGACUGUACAGCAAGUUGGCAUCUCCACCAAAAAACAUUAUCAGAAAAAAGGCAGAGAACAGAAACGUUACGAAAAUACGUCGACUGGACGAAAAUCGGACGGUGAGAGUACUUAUUCUAGUUCAUCGGACGAACGUGAGUUCUCCAUUGUUCGUGAAGGCUACUCAAGUGGCCAAUUAAAACUAAAAAUCGCUAAAAGGAGGAUUAAAACAACCUGCCAUCCGGCCAAUUUCGAAAUGUCUACGGAGGUAGACACUAACGUUGUUGAAUCUACUGCCGAGAACGCCAGGCCGUCUCUGAAGAUGGUCAUCAAGCAUUCGCAGUAUAAUGUGUCGAGCGCGGGGGUUUUCGAGGCCAGCAUGGGAGAUUCCCGUCGUGAAGACGCCGAUAGAAACGAUUCGGAAGGCGAUGCCAAGUCGUCUGGUAAGAAGUUUGCUUCGGUGAUCAACUGCAGUGCCAUUAGUCGGGAAGGCGAAUUUUAUAGUGAUGAUGUAAAUGCGAAUUAUAAAAAUUAUAGAUCUGAUUCUAAAGAGUGUUCCGAGGUUUUAUUUAAAUUUGGCAUGAAGAGAGAGAAGAAGAACUCUCCGGUCAUCAAUAGAGAAAAUUGUAAAACAGUGAGGAGCGAGUUAAACGAGAGGCGCUCCAAGUUUGAACGCCCAGUGUUUUCGGAAAGCAAGACGGUGGACUUUGUUGCCGUUAAACACGGCAUGAAGGAGAUGGGUCAUCAUUCCGACACAGAGUUAAUUCUCUCAUCGGAAGCCAAAUACAAUUUGGGUAAGAAAAAUAGGGGGAAGAGUGCCAAAGAGAGAAAAUCUGAAAAAAAGAAUUAUCUUCAAAAUAUAGAAAUUGUUAAUUUUGGUUAUAAAGCAUGUGAUGCAAGUUCAUCUAAGGGAAAACACGUUCAUAAUUCAGUAGUUAAAAGGUAUGUAGAUAAUGAUAAUUUUACUUCUGAUAAAAACAAUUGUUCGAAUAAUAGAAAAUUUCAUUCCAAAUCCGAGUCUGUCGUUGAACCUUUGAAUGUAUUGGCAUAUAGUGCAUGCCAUUCUUCGAAUUUAGAAUGUGACACUAUUCUUGUAAAUACAAUGUCAAAUGUUUCUCCAGAUAGUGGAAUACAAUCUUCGGGUGACUCUCCUCUGCAGACAAGUGAAUGCAGUCUUUUUAAUGUUUCUUCUUAUACUAAUGCAGAUUUAUCAUCACAAACCUGUACAGAAAAUAAAUUUCAACAUGUAAAGGAGGGCGAAAGCACUCCAGAACGUUGUUAUUCUAAUAUUUAUUCUUCAAAUUCACCAUGUAAAUAUAGAUCCGAAGAAAGUAAUAAUAUAAAUUCAUCUCCUGUGAUGUCCAUAGAGAGAAAUGAAGAAUUAAAUUUUAAUGUUAAUGAAAAUAAAUUAUUUCAAGAUUCCACAGAAGAUUUUCAGAUGAGUCAUACUCCUCAGGUAAAAUCUCCAAGUGAUUAUCAGUAUAAUAGUGAUGCUGUAGAUGACGACGAUAAGUUAUAUGAAUCAAAGGAAAUUUCAAACCAAGAAAAAAAAUCAAUCAAUUUUGAUAAUGCUGAAAAAUUAAAUAUGUGUGAUGCUAGUAAUAAUCAGUCCUCAGAAAAUUCUGUUAAAAAGAAACAGCAUAGAAAUUCUUCAAAUGAAAGACAUGCCGAUACUGGAAAAGCUGACAGUGAAUUACAAAAAUUAAUUCAAAAUGUACAAGAUUCGAUUAGUUUACAGUUUCAAAAUAUAGAAUCUGAUGAUUUAAGUGAUUUAGAUUUUAAUGAUAAUUCAAUAGGUAAGUCUUUUACUGAUGAUAAAGAUUCUUCAAAAGUAGCAAUGUAUGACAGAGACGAUACUCAGUUCAGUGCAGAUACAGUGAUGUGUUCAGCACAGAGUGAUGACUGCAGCAAUGGUAGCAAUAUGCCCUUUGAGAAUGUAGAAAGUAGAAAAUCGAAUCUGAAUGAAUAUGAUGAUAAACAAUGUAAUUCUUAUGAUUAUGAUUUUGAUGUUAGCACUUCACCAGCAACAAUUACAGGUUAUUGGAGUGAAACUAUAUGUCUUGCCUCACCAAAUUCAACAAAUGAUGAAAAUAAGAGUUUAGUUAGUACUGUAAAUAUGAAAUCUGAAAGUUUAAAAACUGUUGAGCUGGAUAAUCAUACCAGUGAAAAUGCUGAAGUUGUUACAAAUAAAGAAACUGAAGUUACAGAUAAGACAGAAGAAAAUGAAAAAGAAGUUAAUAUGUUAGAUUGUUUGGAAGAUUCUGCUGAAAUAGAACAAGUGGCACAACCAUCUGAAGGAAAUAAGAAGAAAAAGAAAAUGAAGCACAUUAAAACAAAACAUGAUCCUGUAUUUUUAGCAGAUUUAGAUGAAUUAAUAAAUUUACUUCAGAUUUGUUAUAUAUCCAAAAGUUUGCUUAAUAAUUCACUCAAACAUAAAGAAAAUCUACUGCCAUCAAUUUUCAGGGUUAAAAAUUUAGUAAAAAUAAAUAAAGAGGAUCAUCAUAAAACUGGUAACAACAAAAAUGUUUCUUUGGAAAAUACAAUUGAAAGUGAACAAGGAGUUAAAGAAAAACCUAAGAAAAAUGGAAGAAAAUCAAAUUCUGUUCAUUCUAGUUUGCUUCCAUCAUCUGAGGAAAAGGUAGAAGUUAGUGAAAAUUGUUUGCCUCUUAAAAAGCGACAUCAUCGAAUUGAUAUCUUGCAACAUGAUGGUGAGUGUAAUCGAAAAGAUAAUUUUCGGCUAGACAGCAAGUCUAUAAAAUCCAUUUCAUCGCGAAAGUCAGCUCUGAUGGUUAAAGAUAAGAAUUCUGUAGAUGAAGCAAUAGAAGCAUGUAUCAAUAGAUAUGUAAAAAAUAUGACUAGUAAUGAAAAUGAAAUUUAUGAUAAUUAUGUAUCAUGUAAACAAAAAUCUGUAAGAGGUAAUGUCUCACAAAAACCUUAUGUGGUAUCCACUACCUCUCUAAAUGAAGAAGAUUCAGUAAAUGAAAAUAUGAAUGAUAAAGAUUCAAAUUCUAUAGAAGAAGCAAUUGAAAGCUGCAUUCAAAAAUAUUCUUGUGAUGAUAUUGAAAUUUAUGAUCAGUCUGAAAGUGUUUCAUUUGAUGUAACUAAUGAAGAUACUAAAAUUGAUGAUUCAGACUCUGAUGAUCUACCUCUUUCAACACUAGCUGAAUUAAGUAAAAAGAAACAGGAUUCUGCAUGUUUAUCUCCUAAAACUGAUAAUAGAGAAUUUAAUAAAACAGUUGCUGCAUUAAAAGAAAGGCAAAUGAAACUUUUAAAAAGUCAGAUUUGCAUUCAAAAGAUUUCCUCAGAGGAAGUAAAACCUCCACCUAAAUUAAGAACAAGAAAAAUGAAACGUACACGACGUGCAAUAAAGAGACAAAAGCCAGUUGAUGAAAAUUCCAAUAUGUUUCCCAACUCAAGUAUUUUAGACUUUGAAGAUGUAGAAUAUGAAAACAGCACUGAUGUUUAUUGUUCAAAAAAUGAUAAAAUAGAAGAAACAAUUGAAUAUGUGGUAAAAUCAGCAACAAAAGACAAUGAGGUUACCGAAAAAUCUUUUGUACAAGAUGAGGUUGAGGAAUCAAUCGUAAAAAGACCAAAACUGUAUCCAAAUGAAACACAUACACAGCCUGAUUACCCUCAAGUUAUCACUGUUACUGAAUCUUCAACUGGUCGUAGUUCUGGGCAGAGUGAAGGUAAAAAACUUUGUAAGAAAGAACCUCGCAUGCCAAAAAAGCAAUAUUUAAAAGCUGGUCUUUAUUCUUCAUAUUUUAAACAAGAUGGAUCUUCUCAGGGAGAAAAUGCUGAAUUUGCUAAUUUAAAUCCUGAUGAUCAGAACAUUCUACAAGAAUGGUCUCAAAGACAGGCAAAUUCAAGAAAAAUCUAUAAGAAAAAUGGCAAAAAGUCAAAAUUUAAAGAUAAGAUAAGCAAUGAAUGUGAACAAUGUUUAUUACCACCACCUAUUCAUGUUGGAAGAUAUUUACGUGAAAGGCAAUCAGAUUUUCUGCUACCUUAUGAUUUGUGGUGGCUGUAUAAACAUAAACAACUCCUAUACCAAAUUGAUCCAUCAACUAAUUAUAAAAAGACACGAACAAAUGUUUAUGUAGAUAUCAAACCUGUUUCCCGUUUUGAAGUACAGAGUUGCAAUUGUAUCAGACCCAAAGAAGCAACUGAGAAAGGUUGCGGACCAGAUUGUUUGAAUAGGAUCAUGUAUGUAGAAUGUAAUCCUCAGCUCUGUCCAUGUGGUGACCAGUGUUCCAAUGAAAGAAUACAAAGACAUGAAUGGAGUCCAGGCUUGGAACGUUUUAUGACUGCAGAUCGUGGAUGGGGAAUUCGCACCACAGAAGCAAUAAAAGCAGGAAGUUUUAUUUUGGAAUAUCUUGGUGAAGUAGUUAGUGAGCAGCAGUUCCGACAGCGCAUGAUUGAACGUUACUCAAAUGAUCGUCAUCAUUAUUGUCUGAAUUUAGAUAGUGGGAUGGUGAUCGAUGGUUAUCGCAUGGGUGGAGAAGGACGUUUUGUGAAUCACUCCUGUGAACCAAACUGUGAAAUGCAAAAAUGGUCUGUGAAUGGAGUUUACAGGAUAGGAUUAUUUGCACUUAAAGAUAUACCUCCCGAUACAGAACUUUGUUAUGAUUACAAUUUCCAUAAUUUCAAUAUGGAAACAUUACAGGAAUGCAAAUGCGGUAGUUCAAAAUGUAGAGGUUUCAUUGGAGGCCGUUCACAGAGAUUUACAACUCAGGUCCAGCAGCCACAGACUAGAAAUGAGAAGAAGAAAAAAGUAGGAAGACCGCCUUUGGGAUCUAGGAAAAAGGUACAAGCGACUAAACGGAAACCAAAGAUUGUUCCAACAACCAAGUCAUCGCCAGCACUAUCAUUAAAACCUAUAUCUCAUCAGCAAAGAUGUUUCAUUCAGAAGCAUCGCUGCUUUUUGUUAAGAAAUUAUCAAAAAGUAAGAUAUGCACGGGAGCACCUACAUAUGCUUUCACAGAAAAAUAGAAAGCAGCUCACAAAACAAGAAAUGGCACUUUUACAAAGCACGGGUUUAGUAAAAAUCCAUUCCCGGACACCCUCCGAAACUUGACAUUUUAAUUUAUAGCACACAGUAGGACGAAAGGCAUUAAAAACAUGGUUGAUUCCAUAAAAUAUUAACGGCCAUAUAUCAAGAGUGUCACGCUGUUUUAAAUUGGCGUGCAAAUUCGGUGUUGUGUUAUGUACAGAAUGUAGUAAUUUUUAUUAUCUGAUAUAAUAGCUACAGUUUGCACAUAUAUGGUUUACCAUUUGUUCUGUUUGCCAUUUAAAACCAAUGUAAGAAAUGAAUUACAAAGAAAAAAAUUAUAUAUAUAUAAAUAUAUAACUUUACUGCCAUCAUUCAGGGGACCUGGAAAGUUACAUUUCUUUCCAAGUAUAAUGUGUUAUUUCUAACCUGUUGAGUGUGCUAUAAAAUUAUUUAAAUUGUGGUUAAAUAUUUUGGUUUUUUGUAUAGUAGAUAUAUAUAUGAAAUACAAACAGUAUUCUCCCCUCAUCUGAACCAGAGUACAAUAUACUUUGGUUUGGCCUGGCAGUUUACGGUCGAAAC